AUGGGGAGGCAACCACUAAUAAUAGUUGCAGAAGCGGAGCUUUGCAGAGAAGUUGGCAUAAAAAAGUUCAAAGAUAUUCCAAACAGAAGCAUUCCCUCUCCAAUCUCAGCCUCCCCUCUUCACCAGAAAGGCCUCUUCUUCACUAGGGACAAGAGAUGGUCUAAGAUGAGAAACACCAUCUUAUCUCUCUACCAGCCUUCACAUUUAACCAGUCUUAUCCCCACAAUGCACAAUUUCAUCACUUGUGCUACUCAAAAUCUUAAUUCCGAGCCGCAAGAUAUCGUUGUCUCCAAUCUUUUUCUGAAACUAACGACUGAUAUCAUCGGACAAGCUGCUUUUGGAGUCGAUUUCGGUCUCUCGGGUAAAAAAACAGUUAAAGAUUCUUCGGAUAGCAAUGUAGAGGUGACUGAUUUCAUAAACCAGCAUGUCUACUCCACGACACAGCUCAAGAUGGAUUUAUCCGGCUCGCUCUCCAUCAUCUUAGGCUUACUGAUUCCGAUUCUUCAAGAGCCAUUCAGGCAGGUUUUGAAGAGAAUACCGGGAACAAUGGAUUGGAGAGUGGAGAAGACUAACGCAAGAUUAAGUGGACAACUCAAUGAGAUCGUGUCAAAGCGAGCCAAGGAGAGAGAUACUGACUCAAAAGACUUCUUGUCAUUGAUUCUGAAAGCUCGAGAGUUUGAUACUUUCGCCAAGAAAAUCUUUACGCCGGAUUAUAUUAGCGCUGUGACUUAUGAGCAUCUUCUUGCUGGCUCUGCAACUACAGCCUUCACGUUAUCCUCUGUUCUCUACUUAGUCUCUGGUCAGCUGGAAGUUGAGAAACGUCUGCUUCAAGAGAUUGAUCGGUUCGGUGGCUGUGAUCUGAUCCCUACUUCCCAUGACUUACAAUACAAGUUUCCGUACCUAGAUCAGGUAAUUAAAGAAGCUAUGAGAUUCUACAUGGUUUCCCCUUUGGUUGCAAGGGAAACUGCAAAUGAAGUGGAAAUCGGAGGCUACUUACUCCCCAAGCCAGAAAAUUUUAGGCCAGAGAGAUUUGAUCCCAAUGGAGAAGAGGAGAAACUUAGACAUCCAUAUGCUUUCAUUCCGUUUGGGAUCGGUCCAAGAGCCUGUGUUGGACAAAGAUUCGCUCUGCAGGAGAUCAAACUCACCUUGCUGCAUCUCUACCGUAAUUAUAUUUUCAGACAUUCCUCAGAAAUGGAGAAGCCAUUGCAGCUUGAUUAUGGUGUGAUUCUUAGCUUCAAGAAUGGUGUUAAGCUUAGAGCCAUCAAAAGAUUCUGA